ACGUUGCAAUUUAGAGGCCUUGUCCUAUAUUGGCGUAACUAUGUCAUUCUGACUUUCUUGUUAGUAAGGCUGAAGAUAGACGAGCUAUAUUUCCUACAGAAGCAAUUGUUCAGCAUGCGAGCUGCCCUCUCCACUAACCCCAACCGUGGUACCCGCGCUGUUUAUUGGGGCGUGAUGAUCUUCAGGCCCCGGGAAGGAAUAUACCCAAUUCGGAAGUGGUUUGUCGGUCACGUUUUUUUUUUGUCCCUUUCUUGCGGAGGCUGUUUGUUCGGUUCUUUCAGAGUCUAUUAUAGGGCCGGCUUUACCGCAACGCAGUUUUGCAGCAUUCCGAUCAUUUGUGCAGGGUGCAGAGUUCUAGUGUUGUCAUGCGUGCUGUCUGCAACGCUCUGCUGUUUGUAGAAGUAGACGUGGGAACUCUCGCGACUCUCAUGAGUUGGCAGGGCCUCGUAGCUUGCCCUAUCUCACAUAUCAGACGAGAUCACGAGUGGUAAAUAAUCGCGAGGAGAUAUUUAUAUUGUGA